AUGUCGAGAGGUGCAAUCGGGGAAACGCCUAACAUUGACAGCCACCAAAGCUCAGACAGUGGUUUUAGUAGCAGUAAGACUGACAGCGAUAUGCCGACGAUACUAUGGGGUAGCAGUAGUGCUACCAGUAGCGAUUCAGACCAAGCAUAUCAGCCUACUACAAAACGUGAAGAAGGGAUAAUCAGUCUUGAUCAAACACGAGUCAUGGAAGGUAAGUCUAACAACUUACAACUCUACAACCAAGAAGAAAAUAGAAGUGAAGUAACACACUAG